UUAAUUGACCUUUUUUGUGGUGGAUAAAAGUUUAAUUAAUUAUUACAGAAGAAAAUCGUGAGAGCCUCUAAGGCGCGAACUAUGCAACUGAACCAACAACCAAGGGACAAUUUUGUAAUAACAAUAAAAAACCAUGAAAUAUUGAAAAUGAUCAGCAACACUCAACGUGCUUCCACCCCCUUAUCUUCCGUCCCAUAAAUGUUGUUAACAACCUAAACCCACCUUCCUCCACAAACCUCCACAACUUCGUGACAUGUCUCUCCCGUUCUUCCACUCACUUCGCCGAGCCCUCACGUCCAGGUGGCCAGUUUUUCUCUAUGCGGCCACCUGGACUCUUUUUCUGACGGUGACAGUGGCCGUGGCUUCUUUCUCUCCUGAGAUUGCGUUUGUCACGGCCAUAUCUCCCUCCUCGCCCUUCUCCAAGUCUUGUGCUGGAGAGGGGUUUGUUAGAAUACCCUUGGAUUAUCCAAGAGAGGCAAUGUGCUUCCCGGCUAACAUGGUUCGGAGGUCCAACUUGGAUUUCUUUGUGCCUACGGUGUUUGCUGCUUUGAUUGUGGCGGGUUCGGCUUUUGUGGUGCGGUCCUUGGCCUUGUGGGAGGGGACAGAGAGACGCAGAGAGGUUGAUGAUGGCUUGAUGUUGUUCUCUAGAAACUAAUAUAAAGUUCCAUGUAAUUCUUUUUUAGAUGCUUCAAUAGCUCAAUGGUUUUACUUCUUUAUUUUCUUGGAUUACUUUUCAGAUUAUAUCCAUGGUUAACUUGUUAAGUUUAUGGCGAAUUUUAGUAGAAUAUUAGGCAUCCCUUCUUUAUUUUGAUUUGUUUUGGCUGUGUUGAAUGUUUGAAUGUUUCUGGU